AUGGUUGGUUUCUUGCAGUUCAUGUGGCCUCUCGCAUCUCUUCUCUGUCUUCCUCUCAGCCAAGUAGCAGCAUUGUCUGAUACCACCGUACCGCGCACCUAUGGCAUUGUUCUCUUCCGCAUGUUCGACAUGCUUGAUGUUUACGGUCCAUCGGAGAUCCUACAAUUCAUCGGCGGAUCAUACCAAACAAAUAUCGUAUAUAUUGCCGAGACCCUGGAGCCAGUCACCACGCGUCCAGUAAUGGCGGCGAUGAACCCACUGAACUCUUCAGUGUAUCCAUCUCUUACGCCUACACACACGUUCGAGACAGCACCGGAACUGGACGUUCUCAUUAUUCCUGGCGGACAGGGAUGGCGCAACCCAACAAGUCUGAACGCUACUAUGGAAUACAUCCGUGAAACUGCACCAAAAGUUCGACAGGUCCUCACUAUAUGUACAGGAUCAGCACUUGCGGCUCGUGCUGGUAUAUUGAACGGUAGGAAAGCUACUGCGAACAAAUCUUCUUGGCCGACAACAGUGGCAGCCAAUCUAAAUACGACUUGGAUGCCGUCUGCUCGAUGGGUCGAGGACUACUCAAGCUUACCACCUAUCUGGAGCUCAUCAGGAGUCACAGCUGGUAUCGAUAUGAUGCUGCAUUGGGUUGAACAAACAUACAGCGCAGAGAAUGCUACAAACAUCGCGCGUUUCAUCGAGCAUGUGAGGAUCACGGAUCCAAGCAUUGACCCGUUCGCCAGGAAUGAGACUGUGGCUAAGUAG